AUUACCAUGUCAAAUUAAAAAUCCUUCAUGUUACCAGAACUGAAAAAAUGUCAAGAUCACACGACCAGUUUUAACUGUACAUGCCGAACUUUGAGAAAAAUUCCGCAAUAAUCCAACCUGUAAACCGUGACCUCCACACGUUUUAGGAGUACAAAGAUGGCGGACAAGUGGCUUCAACCAAUCUGUAUGCGCUAUCCAAUCAUUUUUUUUUAAGUCAGUGGUCACGUCUGAGAAAAUCACGCGAUUGAAUCACGAAAAUGCAGCAAUUUAAGACAUCCGGUAUGGCGACGUGUUAACGAAUACAAAUAAACCAGCAACCUCUUCGGGGGGAGGUUCUGGGUUUUAAAUCUAUGAUUAGCUACCGUCACUGCUAUGACGCAAUCAAAAAUCGACGAGAACAUAAGGAUUGCGCGAAGCAACAAACUCCACUGUUUCAAAUUUCGAGUCUGAAGCAGCCCUGCGAAUUUCACAACAUCGCCCCGUCUUUGUGGGGAUGUUAAUGUACGAGUCGAACAGAAUAAAGUGAGCGAUGGAGCGACUCAAAAGAAUGGAGACCACUGGAAACGGCGUGGCUCAUGUUGCUGUCAGUGAAGAUUCUUUGGAUCUUUAUGAUGACCUUGAUCUCAACAAUUUCUCCACUUCAGAGAGUUCUCCAAAUCCUUCACAGCUAAAAGAAUCUAUGGAUCUAUAUGAAGAGAUUGUCACAGAAGAACAACAGGGUAAAGAAUCAUCUUACAUUGAGUUGAAUUCCCGAUUCCAAGCAGCCCAACACCAGAUCAAAGAGUUACACAGAAGACUUCAGCGGAUGGAGAUACAGAACACCGUGCUGAACACUGAGAACAACCGCCUCAGAAAGAAUAUUUCUGCACUUCUAUGUACAGCCAGACAAGAGGUUAUGCGAAAGGAUGCUGUGAUUCAAAGGCUGAACCAGUCGUCAAUGAAAGGUCAUCAUUCGCGAGUGAAUCAAGUUCAUGAUCCAAACUUCUCUCGUCAGGCCCUCACUAGCUCCAUGAGUCGAACUUCAAAAUCUAAAACGCCCAGUCCUUCCAGGCACUCUUCUCCUUCUCAAGCAUCAUCAUCAUCAAGGGAUAGUAGUCUUCCAAAGGAUCACCUUCGACCACCCAAAACAGAAAAUGAUAGUCCUCAUAACAAGGCCAGUGCCUCUUGCAUUGUGACAAGAGUCUCUUCUUGUAGCCAUUCCAAAGGUUCCUCAAGUGGACAUGGUCAAUUGUCUUACAAGCAGAAUCAACAUUCUAUCAGCAAUUCUGUCAUUAGUUCAUCAACUCGACAUUGUGGGUCAGAUAAGCAUAAAACCAAAUACAGAGAACAACAUUGUCAGAAACUUGUUACUCAAGACAGAAAGUAUAGAAUAAGUUCAGCUUCUAAAAGGAACGAUUAUGCUGGAGAAAGGGACAGGUCUCGUAAUAUAGACAAAAACAUUAGAAGACGAUAUGAUUCCAGGACAGGUAAAAGGAGGGACACCAAAAAUUUUGAUGGCUAUCACAGAUCAGAAAGGAGUAAAAGCCCUCCAAUAACUAAUUUGCAUUCACAAUGUUCCUUGGAUGCCUGUGGAGGGAGAACCAGAGAAUGGAGACAUGAAAUACCCCUCCUUGAUUCUCAACAUUCAACUCGUCAUAGCUGCACAAAGGACUACUGUCGACGUGAAAAAAUCAAAAUUACUAAUGAACAUUGCAGUUCACAGAUGGAAAAUUCUGACUCAAAAAAACAGAAGAGGUCUUCAACAAAUCCGCAAGAAGAUAGCUACGAUUUUUCCAAUAAGAAGCAACGGAAUAGGCUUUCAAAAAAAUACCAGUGGAAGGGAGACAGACAACAUAAAGAAAUUACUUGUAAGCAAAGAAGAAAUACUACAUCUGAAGAAAGUAUCGAUGAAAACCAGCCAUCAGAAGAAUCCCGCAAUGCCAUUAAUAUGGUAAAACGAACAAAAUUUCAGAAAACAUCAGUCAAGCAACCAGUGGAGCAUAACUGUCAAAAGUGGAAAAUGAGCUUCAUGGAAACACUAAAUUUAACCCUCUCACCACUUAAAAAAACAGUACCUAACAACACCGGCCAGGAUGGACUCACUGCAUUGAAUCUUAUAUUUGAAAAAGGACCUGAUGAUAAUUUGCAAGUUCAUAAGCAUGUGAUCGAUAAAAUUGACAACAAUGAAUUACAAGAUAAUCUGGAAGAGUUACCUAUAGAUUUUGUUGCAACUUCAGAAAAGUUGCAAGUGAAAGAUGUUCUGGAAAAUGACAAAAGCCAUGGUGAAGCCUGUUUAGCUCUUGGGCAGUCGGAAGGCACUUCUUUCCAAAUUAUUUCAUCUAGUCAAUCCAUAGAUUUGGCAGUGAAUUGCAUGGUGCUGGAUGGCUCUGCAAAAGAUAAUACUUCUCGAACCGAAAAAGAUUGGAACUAUGAGGCCAAAUCGAAAUUUAGUCCAGACAGCCAUUUAGAUUCCCAUGAACAACCAGAUCUAACUGGUAAUGGCAGUUGCAUAUUUAAUAACAUGAAAGGUAAAGAACCAAGCACCCUUUUACAAAAAGUAGACUGUGAAAGCCACAAAUCUCAGUCUAGUGCUGUUGCACAACACGGUGCUUCAUUUGAAAUUUCCAAAAGACAAGUACCUCCCACCGUAUCUCUAAAUAAGGGGAUGGAAUAUGCAAGCACAGAAAUUGAUCUAUUUCUCCCUGAAGAUGGUAUCAAGACUAAUCCAGGAUGUCAACAAACCUAUCUCAUCACCCUACCUCAUGACUCACAACCUGGAGUGAAUCAUUCUUUUUUUUCCAGUCCCACGAUUGAGAAAGUUUCAUGUUGUGCUCAUGAUGAUUUCAAAGAUGCAGAUGCUGUAUCCAGUACUAUAGGUCUAGAAUUAGUUCCUCGAAAGGGGCUUAGUUUGCCUGAGACAAUGUAUGUUUUCAUGAAUGAGGAUAAUAGUGGCAGCUCAGACAUUGCAGUUGACCUGAGUUCAUCCAAUGGCUGUAUUGGUGUAUCAAAGGUCAGCAGCACAACAGAAGAAAUUGUUCUCCCAAAAAGUGAUUGUGAACUCUUUGUCACACUAAAGAAAAAUCUUUCAAAAAACAAAAAAACAAGAUACGUUGAGCCUUCCAGUUCAGUGCUGUUACUUCAUGAUGAGGACUCAAUGAUACGCACAUUUAGCCAUCUAGAGAGAAUCCCAGAUCCAAUCAGCCCCCUAAGGAGUCCAAUCCACCAAACGAAGACAAUUAAUAUUGUUCAUGGAAACCCUGGGCAUAUCAAAAGCCUACAAAAAGAGUUCUCAAACACAGCUGAUGGUGCCGACUUAAAGAAAUUGGACUUAAACAAAGAAAACAAAUCCCCAUUUUAUCCUGUAAAUUAUGACAAAUUAGACAUGCCUUCAAAUCUUUCUUACACUGAACUAGAGGAAGAGAAGAUUUUAAGUGGAACUGAAGAGGCACAUUCACCCCCUAAUGCAACCAAGAGAAUUAAGGUUGCAGAAAAUCACAGAAAUAAAGAAAAACCUUUGGAGAGGAAAUCAGAAGCAAUGUCUUUUGCUUCAAAAGAAAUUAUUACAACAGGAAAUGUAUCAACACAAAGUCCAGGUAGUAAGAGCCGUUUUAAAACAGUUUGCCCAACAAUUGCCAAAGCUACUUUUUCAACAAUACAAGAAGUAAUGGAAAUGUUCACAUCAGUUCGCUUGGAAAUACGUAAAAAAUAUAUGAAGCUUCACAAAACCUUUCCAAAGAAGAGUUUUUUUGGUGUAAUGGAGAAUUUUAGAGAGUCAUUUGUGGAAUUUGUGGAUGGAGCCCAUUUUGGUCAUCUAUGCUGUCAGGCAAUGGAGCUGAAAUCAAAGCUGAAACUAUUAAUUGAAUCUUUUUUUAACAAAGUAGCAGACAAUGGUAUUGUAAAACGUAUCUUUGAGCAACAAGCUGUUGAUCUGAAACAAAAGUUGUGGGUCUUUGUAGAUAAACAAGUUGACUUCUUGCUUAAGGACAUUUAUAUGACACUGAAGAGCCUGUGUCGACCAGCCAAAACCUUGCUGGAAGAAAAUAUUUCUCGUGAAAGAGUUUUGAAUUGCUUGCCUAAUGGGAAGAUACAAUCUCAACAAAAAGAAUCAAAAGAUAUUCUUAGCACUCAGAAACAAAUCAUAUCAUUUGCUCCGCCUUAUGAAAGAGGUCUUGGUAGUAAGGGCAAAGAUAUAACAAUUGCUCAUACAGAAAAAGAAAGCAAAUGUCCACAUACACAAAAUUGUGACGAUACUUACUCAGGAGUGGACUGUCUUUCUCCUAAAAAGUCUUUGGUCUCUGGGAAACAUAAAAUGCCUUCUUUGCUGGCCACUCAAAGUACGUCUAUGCUUGACAAAAGUGACUUUGAACUCCUAACAGAGCAGCAAACUACAAGUUUAACGUUCAACCUGGUAAGAGAUUCUGAAAUGGGAGAAAUAUUUAAGUGUCUGUUGCAAGGAUCGGACUUACUUGAAGCCAGUAGAAUAACAGGCGAGAGCACAUCAUGGACUCUUGGUACUCCAAAGAAGAAUGGAGAAAGACUCAUCAGCAUUACAACUCCAAAUAAAUUUGACUCUCCAUCUAAAUACUUUUCCCCAACCAAAUUUCAUACUCCCUCCAAGCUUAUUACUACAUGGUCUAGUAUUUCACCUUGGGAGAUGUCACCAUGGCCCAAAGAUCAGGUCAGACCAAAUCCAGCUUUACUUGAUGAAAGCUGCUUAUUAGAAGUUCCAUCAGAGAGUCAAGCAGCACUGCAGUCCAGCUUUUUUUCACAGAAGAAUUAUUCUAUUCUAGCUGAAGAUCUGGCAGUGUCCCUCACUAUUCCAUCACCUCUCAAGUCUGACAGCCACCUGAGCUUUCUCCAACCAUCUGGCAUACAUACCAUAUCUACACCAGACAGUAUCAUCAGUGCUCACAUUAGUGAGGAUGCUCUACUAGAUAAUGAAGAUGCUACUGAACAAGACCUUCAUUUGGCCCUUGACACAGACAACUCUAGUAUUGAGUCCAGCAACAGUGUGGCCUCACAGGCAGCUGUGAGUACUUUUGUGUUGAAGCCAGAAUUGCCCAUGCAGGCACUGGUGUUAGAAAAGUCCAAUGAUCAUUUCAUUGUGAAGAUUUGUCAGGGCACUUUACAGACAGAUGCUACCCUCUCUACAAAGAAGACCUUAUGUCAAACACUAACAGAAAAAGAUCAUAAUUCAGAUGAUGUGGAAGCUCUGGAAAACCAAGCUAAAUAUUUCUUUGACAAGAUUGAUAAAUAUACUAAUCCAUGCAAUGUAAUUCCUCCAAAAUACCUCUUUGACCAUUCUGAAGACCCUGUAGUACGUCAAGAUGAGUUGAACACUAUUUGUUCAACUCAAGAACAUUUAAACAUAAAAAAAGAAGCUUCACCCUCUGUUUGCAUGUCUACUCUCUCAGAAGCGUAUGUGAUAGAGGACUUAAACAAUAUUGAUUCUCCAAAAGCUAUGUUUAAAAUGACUCAUUCCGAGGGAACCUUUCUUAAAAGCUCUAACCUCCCAUUUGGGGACAACAUCAGAGCAUCUUCUCUAUGUAUUCCACUCACGAAUGAUGAAAACCCAAGUCCCACAUCCCACGUGGAGACGCACAGUCCGAAUUCCCCGUGUCCAUCAGGAACUAUAACCUCUGAUUCACAGAAAACCACCUGUUCUUUACUUUACAGUACUGUGCAAGGCAAUAGGGAAAGCUCAAAAACAAAUCAGAUAAACCAUGCAGGUUCAAACCUUUCAGAUAUGCAGAGAGAAAUGGAAACAUCAAGGUCAGACAAAAUGGAACAGAACACAAGUACACAGACAGAACAAGACAAAAGGGGUUGUGAAAAAAGUAAAAAACGGAAAAAGCACCAUGAGCAGUCAAAAGCUAAGCGUUCAAGAAAGGAUGAAGAGAAACAUGUGGAAAACACUGCCUUCAACAUCAAAAAAGAUGUUGGAUCAAAAUCCUUUUCUUCAUCCCCAAAUAGUUUGUCUGCCAUGAACAUCAUCAAGAAAAAAGGAGCUUUGGUGAUGGCAUGGACAAGAGAGGAAGAUCGAGCCAUUCUUGUUGAGCUGAAAACAAACGGUGCUUCCCGCAAAACAUUUGCUGCCUUGUCAGAUAAGCUGAAGAAACCAUCAGAUCACGUUGCUCAGAGAUUUUACCAACUUAUGAAGCUCUUCAAGAAGCAGGGAAAUAUGAAUACCUGAUCAACCCAAGUUUUUGUUUUGUCUUCCUUCAAAUAGAUAGCCAUUUAUAACAUACAAGCGCAACAUCACUACCAAGUAUUUGUUUUCAUACAGUAUAUCGGGCACAGGAAUUGUGACUUGUUAGGUCACUACAGUACAUUCAUUUACUCUUAUUAUUGAAUACAACAACAAUCCUCCCUAAAGGCCUUAUCAUCUGACUAUAAUUUUCAGUUUGUUAUUGACUAUUUGAUGUAAAUAAACAGUCCCAAGAAUUUCAAGAAUGUGGGUAGCAUUUAUAUAGAAUGUCAAUAUUCAAGAAUUACAAAUGUGUGUGUAACUUUUCACUACCCUGUUUAUGACGAGUAAAAAAUCUUUGUCUCCA